AUGAGACCUCAAACAACAAGAACCCUAGCGUCUGGCAUUCCUGUGACGCCAGCGUCGGUUCCCACAGACGUGGCAAACGGUACAGAUAUAUACUGCGGGCGCUCCUAUCAGGCGGAGCUUGGGAACGAUUGCAACCUGCUUGUCACCAAGUUCGGCAUCGCUCUGGCUGAUUUCAUAUUCCUAAAUCCGCAAAUCAACGAGAAUCGCACAAACCUUCUGGCAGACGACAACUACUGCGUUCAGGCGGUUGGCGACAUACUACGUGAGCGAGAUACCGAGGCGCCCGUAGACACGGUCAUACUACCAGACUUCGCUCUCCGAGAUGGCACCACAACAGAUUGUACCGAAUAUGUCAACGUUGACGCUACCCUAGACUGUACCCAGGUCCUUGAUUUCUACGGUCUUACGAUCACGCAGUUCUAUGAGUGGAACCACGCCGUAGGCCCAGACUGUGCUGGAGUAUGGCCCAACUACGCAUACUGCGUUCGUACGCCGGGUUUCAUUGAGCCGACGACAACCACGAGCGCAGGAGUGACAGCUACCAGCGAGCCGGCCACAACAUCAUCACAUGGGGCCCCAGGACCCACACAGACGGGUACAGCGGAUACAGGAACUGCUACGCGCCCUCCCACCAUCACUGCAGCCGUGCCCACUAAUACCACCUCCGCGUCCAUGACCACUUCAUCCGCGCCCACAACCACGUCCGAAAAUCUGAUCCCCUCGCCUGCGCAGCCGAACAACAUCGUUGAUGGCUGCAACAAGUUCGCCCAGGCCAAACUCGGCCAGUUCUGCUUCAGUUUUGCUGAGGCGAAUGGUAUCAACACCACAGAACUGUAUGCGUUGAACGCGUUGUUCAACAGCGAUGGCAGCGGCUGUGAGACGCAGUUCUGGCCGGAUUGGUGGUACUGCGUCGGUGUGGGUACUCAGGAGUAG